AUGCAACCUCAAUGUGGUUUAAUUUCAGUAUUAUCCGUGACUGCAUCCAUCUCAGGCAUCAUGCAGGCCCUCCCAAACGAGCUCUUGGCCCAGAUCGCUUCGCACCUCGAGUCUCAACCACCAUCAAUCACCAAAUUCAACCACGAGCCAAGCGCAGACCUAGCCUAUUCGUAUACCGAAGUCAACACCAAGCCACUCAAAUCCCUCUCCCUUGUUUCAUGGCGUUGGAGAAAAGUGGUCCUUCCCAUCCUCUUCCGCUUCACACGCAUAGCACUGGACAAGGAACCACAAUGGGUGCCCAUGGACGCUCGCCUUGUCGACAGCAUGCAAUUGCAGCUCUCUAGUCUAAGCAACCACGAAUUCAUGCUGUAUACAAAGUUGCGCAGCAAGUUCAAAGCAACGACCGGGGAAGCGUUUGCGCCAGCCAUGGAUGAUGUGUUUAUCCAGUUAUGCCGGAUCCAGGAAGGCGAUGAAUUCUUGAAGACGACACCGUCGAAAGUGUGGUUACCGCAUCUUUCCAGGGACUUCAAUAAUUUUUCGCGGUUUGUCACAGGAAACAAGCUGAAACAUCACAUCAAGAGCGUGGUGCUGCACACAGACAAGGAAUACGACUUGCGCCAUGUAUCUACCGCUCAAGGACCGUUGGCGCGCGAAGUCACCGACAUCUGGAACAGGGUAUUCGAUGUUUUGGAGCCAGCACGUGUUGUCGUCGCUGCACCACCCAAGACCAUGGCCGCGUUGUUGGAUUCACAUGUGGGUACCAACGACAUGUGGGCUUUCGAGAUGAAGAUGCACUACAUUGAGCUUCUUAGCGAUCAACCGCCCAUAGAGAAUAACCAACAAGAACACCGAACAAACGACGCUCCGCUCAUUCAUCGCCGACCCUGGAACCACUUGGGCUACAACGAAGGCUCCUCGAUCACCGCAUACAGCACAUAUGAAUUUCACCUAAAGAUCGCGCCUAGGAUCCUCUUCCUCGUUCUCAGUCGCUUAUGCGAGAACCCAGCGUUGUGCAGAGAUUUGACUUCAUUUAGCUUCGUUGCUGUCUUUCCCCUCUCUUCAACUGUAUCGUCUAUUGUGGACGCCGUCUAUGGAAUUCCUUCCAUCAAAAAAGUCACACUACAACUUGCGCCUGGUCCUGAGAACGACCUCCUCAGCAAUGGCAGUAAGAGGCGCAAAGCUCAGUCGAGCGACUUUUGGUCCGAGUGGAGGGCAGGAUAUGGGGCGCUUACUAAGAUGGAGAUAUUCUAUGAUCAAAGUAAAGGGGAAGAGAAGGCGGUGAAGGAGAUUGUGAGCAAGGAUUGCUAUUCGAAGCAACUGGCUGUUGAGGUUGCGGAGGUUAUCGGUCAUUAUUUGGAGACGGCGUCGACUACGUGGAAGAGUGGUGGAGUGGGAAGGUGGAUUAAGGUCACGUCGGAGGAAAAAGGGAAUUCAAAAGCUGUGCUGAAGUUUGUGGUGGGGGAUGAGCCAGAGCAGUUUGCAAAAUAA